AUGGCCGAGCCGACCGCGCCCGUCGACGUCGCGGCCUUGAAGGGCAAGAAGUGGCUGAAGGGUCCGCUGGACGAGCAGGUGCUUAAGCGCUUGCUUCGGCGCGGCCUCGUGACCGGCGACAGCUACGUCUGGUCGCCCGAGCUGGCCGAGCUCCUGCCGACGUGGCAGCUGGCCAAGGAGACGCUCGUCUUUGGCACGACGUGCGUGCUGUGGCAGACGCUGCCGCAGUGGUACUACUAUGACCAGGCCAAACAACAGAAAGGGCCCGUGACGACCGCAGAUCUCUCGACGCUCUUUCUGGACGGCGACAUUGAUGGCCUCACGCUGGUCUGGAGCAGCGCGCAGCUCGUGCCAGCGUGGACGCCGAUGGGUCAAGUCGAUGUACUCAAGGAAGUUCUCCAAGAAAUCAACGACGAAGUCGAGCGGAAAGAAGCACUCUUGGCGACCGAGAAGAAGCUCGACCCGUCGUCGCUCGUCAUGGACGGCAGCGCGGCGGCGCGCACGUCGUUCCUUGCCGACGACGGCAAAGAGUUUAUCUACGACAGCGAGAUGCGCAAGUGGCUCACGCCCGAAGAGAAGAUUGAGGAGGAACUUGCCAUGCUCCGCGACGAAGUCGACGACGUCAAGGCGUCCAACGAGUUGUUUGACGACGAAAAGCCCGUCGUGCCGCCCGCAGCGACAACGACCAACGACGACGAUGCUGCUGCCACGAAGAAGCGUAAGAAGAAGAGCAAGUCCAAGAAGAACAAGUGGGUCGCAUCCAAGCAGAAGACGUGGAUCUACAUCAACGGCCUGCCCCUCGAUGCGACGGUCCAUGAAGUCCACGACCACUUUGCCAAGUGUGGUGUCAUUCAGCGCGACCUCGAGACGGACGAGCCCAAGAUCAAAUUGUACCGCAACAAGGAUUCCGGCGCGUUGAACGGGGACGCGGCGGUCUGUUUCAUGAAGGAACCAUCGGUCGAGCUCGCCAUCCAGCUCCUCGAUAAGGUCGACUUGCGCCCCAACUGGCCGCUCGACGUCAAGGUGGCCGAGUUUGCGCAAAAGGGCGACGCAUUCGUCCCGCGCAAGAAGGCCAAGCUCGACAGCCGCGCCAAGGUCAAGAAAUUUCAGAUGGAACAAGCGCUCUCGUGGGGCGCGGCCGACGAGGACGAAGGCCUCCGCAUUGUUGUGCUCAAGCACAUGUUUACGCCCGCCGACUUUGACGAUGUCGAGGCAGGCAACGAGCUCAAGGACGACAUCAAGGCCGAGUGCGAGACCCUUGGCGACGUGACCAAAAUUACCUUUUUCGAGCAGCACCCGCUCGGCGUCGUCCAGGUCAAGUACGCGCUGCCCGAGAACGCACAGUCGUGCAUUGAGCGCAUGCACGGCCGCUUCUUUAGCGGCCGAAAGAUCGAGUGCGCGUACUGGGACGGCACCAACUACACGGUGCGCGAGUCCCAGGACGAAGAGAUCAAGCGCACGGAAGAGUUUGGCGCGUGGCUCGAAGAAGGCUCGAGCUCCGAUGACGACGACGACGACGACGAGGGUUCCGACCAGGAGAACGCAGCGCCCCCCGCACGACCCCACGCCGGUCGCGUCUUGCCCGAUUCGGACGACGAAGAUGAUGCGAUGCCCAUGCACGCCGGUCGCGUCUUGCCGCCGAUGGAGGACGAGGACGAGGACGACGCCAUGCCGAUGCAUGCUGGUCGCGUGCUCCCUCCGAUGGACGAUGAUUAACACGGCCUUUUCCUCGUGUUUCUGC